AUGUUGACCAGCCAGUCUCAAACCGUGCAGGCUGCUCCGUCGGAGGAUUUGAGGAAACUUGAGCGACCCAGAGCACCGAGCACCGAGCACCGAGCACCGAGCAGCGGGGCGACCGGACGCGUGUCCCCGGUGAAUGUAGCGGCAGGCUGGGGAGGGGAGUCCGUCUGCAGGGGUCGCACGGCGGUGCUGCUGGACCAGAAGGCACCGAGAAGUCUCCGGUCCCAGCGUUGUUACCCCCCUCGGGGUCCCGAGCACCGCAAACAUGCUUCUCAUCGGGAGUGUGCUCGCUCUCUUCUUUUCAGCUGCAGUGGGGCAGCAGGGUCCGUCUGCGGCUGCAGAAGCCACUUCCAGGGAGCCAACAUCAACAUCACACUACUGAAGGUCCAGGCCGUAUUGGUGGACCAGCUGGAGCGAAGUGUGUUGCCAUCCUCAGCACCCUACUUCCCCUUCCCUCCCUCUCCCACUGACUGCGUCGAGGCCCAUCGAGUGUGCUCCGCCGAGCCACAGUGCGAGGCGCUGUACCGGGGCUUGGAGCUGUGUGCGGCCGAAGCAGCGGCGUCCCCCCUGGGGGAGCAGGUGGCCGCCGAGUGCCUGGAGAGACAAGACGCUCUGCUGGCUAAGCACCCCGCUCUCCUGGCCUGCAAGUGCCAGCGCGGCUUCCGCAGGGAGGAGUAUUGCUUGCGCAUAUACUGGAGGGUCCGCCUGCUGCCAGGGGAAGAUGAGCUGGAAAUAUCUCCCUAUGACGACACACUAAUGGAUACUCGCAUGGCCUCCUUAGUGGCAGCUUCAUCUUUCAUGCAACUGGAUGACGAGAACCAGUGCCUGAAGGCAGCACAGGACUGUGGCCUGUACGAGAAGUGCGGCUCUCUGCGAUCGGAGUAUGUCCUGGCCUGCACCAAACGGAUGCCUGGGACCAACCGAUGCAACCAGCACAAGUGCCACAGGGGCCUGCGUCGCUUCCUGGAGCGGGUGCCAGAGGAGUACAGCCUGGGCGUCCUCUUCUGCCCCUGCACCAACACCCUGUGUGGUGAGAGGAGGAGGAAAACCAUCGUACCCUCCUGCUCCUACCAGGAGAUGGAGGGUCUGCAACCCAACUGCCUCCACCAGCAGAGCUUCUGCCGCCGAGACGACCUCUGCAGGUCCAGACUGGCGGAUUUCCUUAAUAACUGCCAGCCAUCUCCUCUGACACCCAGCGGCUGUCUGAAAGACUCAGCCGGCCUGUGCCUCCGAGCCUACGCUGGACUCAUCGGUACCAUCAUGACACCCAACUACAUCAGCAACAGCUCUGCAGACGUGUCGCUGUGGUGUAACUGUGAAGGCAGUGGCAACCAGUGGCAGGACUGUCUGAGACUGCAGCGCAUGUUCACCCACAACACCUGCCUGCGUAACUCUAUCAGUUGGAUGGGGAGCCCCGACUCCCUGCCUGCAGACAUCACCCCCCCUCCGGCUCCCAGGCCCUCCCCGCUGGUUCAGGUGGACGAGCUGCUGAGCCACAACCACCUGCCUGAGCACAACAACAUCGUGGUGGAGAGUGAGGAGGAGGAGGAGGAGGAACAGAUGCAGACAGAGGAGGUGAUCGAUGAAGGUGGCCAGUUUGAUGUCAUCCCACUGUACUCGGAGAGGGCCACCGUCUCCAACCUGGGCUCGCCUGGUACGGGUGGGGCCCCAUCCCUCGGCGCCGGCCCUCCUAAAGCCGCCCUGCUGCUCCUUCUGCUCCUAUCUGCCUCCCUGAGCUGGGGAUAGAACAGAGGAUACAGAGAAG